UGAAAGUCAAAGGCACUGCAGUUUUUCAGUAUGGCGGUGUUGGUGGCAUGCAGAUCUGUUUGGCAAGCUUUCCGCGUGCAGUCAGUGGGUCGGGAGAACGCAUGCAGGCUAGCAGCUACCUUCUCCUGCUCCGGACCUCAUGUUCUGUCCAGCAGAGUUUUGAGCAGCCGCGGCGCCGUGACGCGACACUACAGCUCCGACUCAAAGGAUGACCUGCGCGUCAGAUACCUGGACGGAGAAGACAGCGGUAUUGUCGUCGUUGGAAUAAAUCGACCAAAAGCCAAAAAUGCCAUAAGCAAAAAUCUUGUCAAAAUGAUGUUUGAGGCUGUGGAGGACAUCAAGACAAAUAACAAAGUGCGCAGUGUAAUUUUAUGCAGUUUGGUUCCUGGUAUAUUUUGUGCAGGUGCAGAUCUGAAGGAGAGGGCCAAGAUGCACCAGAGUGAAGUGGGACCAUUUGUAUCCAAAGCAAGAGCCCUCAUCACAGAGCUGGGUAACCUGCCAGUACCAACAAUUGCUGCAAUUGAUGGCGCUGCCUUAGGAGGAGGGUUGGAAAUGGCACUUGCUUGUGACAUCAGAAUUUCCUCCAAUACUGCCAAAAUGGGACUAGUUGAGACUAAACUUGCAAUUAUUCCUGGAGCAGGUGGGACACAACGUCUCCCUCGGGUGAUUGGCGUCUCUCUCGCUAAGGAACUCAUCUUCGCUGCGCGAGUGGUGGAUGGAACAGAGGCACACCAAAUGGGGCUCGUCAGUCAUUCUGUGGAGCAGAAUAACAGUGGAGAUGCUGCCUACUUGAGGGCUUUGGAGCUUGCACGAGAGAUCAACCCUCAGGGCCCAAUCGCAAUAAGGAUGGCAAAGCUGGCAAUUAACCAGGGGAUAGAGGUGGAUUUAUCUACAGGUCUGGCAAUUGAAGAGGCUUGUUAUUCCCAGGUGAUACCAACUAAAGACCGUUUGGAAGGUUUGGCUGCUUUCAAGGAGAAGAGGCGACCUCACUACAAAGGGGAAUGAAGUCAGAGUUACAGUUCUGCCUUCAGCUCUGCUACUGUUCCACUGCUUUCAACAUAUUUAUGGGGCAAACUGUACUCACAAACAUAUUAGCCCAUACAGAGGACGUUUGACAGCAGGACUGUAGGGCCUGUUGUGGCUGACCACUAACUUACUGAAGUUUCCAGACAGCUGUGUGAAUCCUACACAAUGUUUUUUUUUUUUGUUUUUUUGACAGAUGUGUACUUCUGUGUUCACAACACUAGAAUUGUCUGCAUGAAGAAAUCAUAAAACAGACAAUUUUUCCUUCACUUGAACAACAUGAUGUGAGUGGAGAAGGUUUAUUGAUUUCUUGCUUUGGUGCCUCAGUGCGGUAGUAACAAAAAUACUUGAGAAUAACUAACUGAAAAUAAUUCAUUCCUGAUAUCAUGUGUCAAUAUAGUUGUCAUUUUUUUACAAAUCAGUUUUGGAAGAUUAAUCUUACUUAUUAAUCUUAAAUCUAUAAUUUACCAAUUACCACUUCUAAUUACCAUUUUCUCUCCCUUUACACCAACUUCCUUCUGAUUGGUUACUCUUGAACAGUAGGUGGGAUGUGCUUUGAUGCUCAGAGGUACGACUGAGCACCAACUAACCAACUAACUAAUAUUAAGAAUAUUAGUUCCAAUAUCAUACAAAGCCAAGAGUAGAGGAAAAAUGCCUGAAACCAAUAGUUUUGAGUAGUCUAAAGGUUUUUGGCUCAUAUUGACCAAUUAAUGGGGUAUUUGCUGUCCUAAUUAAUUGUAACGUUGGCCAUGUUUAAUAUGAGUGUCCACUGCUGUUUAAAAAAAUGAAAAGGAAAUGACAGAAUCAGGAAAAGUGGAAUAAGUCCCAUGCAGACUGGAGAUGCAGCAGGAUGCCCUUCAGUGUGAAAUUAAAUGCAUCUUACUGCUCGCUACUAACUCCAAGAGUCACUGCAUUGUUUUGAGAUCUGCUACAUUGGAAGAUGACUGGUUUUUGUGGUGUGAAUCUGUUGUGCUGCUGCAAAGGACAGAGUGGGAUUUGAAGUGUUUAAUAUUUAGUCUGUCUGCAGAAAUGGAAGCAUUCAUGUUCAGUUUGACUUCAGAAAUGUGAACUGCACUUAAAAACCUUUUUUUUUAAAAAAAAAUCGUAUUGUGGCAUUAAAAAAAUAAAAAAAAUAAA